CCGGGAGCCAGCGGCGAGGAGCGCUAGCCGAGCGGCCGGUCCGGGGAAUCCCGCGCCCAGCUCGCCCGCACCCCCGGCCCGGCCCGGCCCGGCCCGGCCCGCAGCGAGCAUGGGCGCGGCGGCCGUGCGCUGGCAAUUGUGCGUGCUGCUCGCGCUGGGUGCGUGCGGGCGGCUGGCGGCGGGCAGCGGGCUCCCAGGGGCAGCCGACGUGGAUGAGUGCUCCGAGGGCACGGAUGACUGCCACAUUGACGCCAUCUGCCAGAACACACCCAAGUCCUACAGAUGCCUCUGCAAGCCGGGCUACAAGGGCGAAGGCCGGCAGUGCGAAGACAUCGACGAGUGCGAGAACGACUACUACAACGGGGGCUGUGUCCACGAGUGCAUCAACAUCCCGGGGAACUACCGCUGCACCUGCUUCGACGGCUUCAUGCUGGCCCACGACGGGCACAACUGCCUGGACGUGGACGAGUGCCAGGACAACAACGGGGGCUGCCAGCAGGUCUGCGUCAACGCCAUGGGCAGCUACGAGUGCCAGUGCCACAGCGGCUUCUUCCUCAGUGACAACCAGCACACCUGCAUCCACCGCUCCAACGAGGGUAUGAACUGCAUGAACAAAGACCACGGCUGUGCCCACAUCUGCCGGGAGACGCCCAAAGGUGGGGUGGCCUGCGACUGCAGGCCCGGCUUUGACCUUGCCCAAAACCAGAAGGACUGCACACUCACCUGCAACUACGGAAACGGGGGCUGCCAGCACAGCUGCGAGGACACGGACACGGGCCCCCUGUGCGGCUGCCACCAGAAGUACGCCCUGCACUCGGACGGCCGGACCUGCAUCGAGAAGGAUGAGGCUGCAAUUGAGCGCUCUCAGUUCAGUGCCACGUCAGUAGCUGAUGUGGACAAGCGGGUGAAACGGCGGCUCCUCAUGGAGACGUGUGCAGUGAACAAUGGAGGCUGCGACCGGACGUGCAAGGACACGGCCACCGGCGUGCGAUGCAGCUGCCCGGUGGGGUUCACGCUGCAGCCCGACGGGAAGACAUGCAAAGACAUCAACGAGUGCCUGGCCAACAACGGGGGCUGCGACCACUUCUGCCGCAACACCGUGGGCAGCUUCGAGUGCGGCUGCCGCAAGGGCUACAAGCUGCUGACCGACGAGCGGACGUGCCAGGACAUCGACGAGUGCUCCUUCGAGCGGACCUGCGACCACACCUGCAUCAACUCCCCGGGCAGCUUCCAGUGCCUAUGCCGCCUCGGCUACACGCUCUACGGGACCACCCACUGCGGAGACAUGGACGAGUGCAGCAUGAACAACGGGAGCUGUGACGAGGGCUGCGUCAACACCAAGGGCAGCUUCGAGUGCGUCUGCUCCCCAGGGAGGCGGCUCCACUGGAACCAGAAGGACUGCGUGGAGACAGGCAAGUGCCUUUCCCGGGCCAGGGCCGCCCCCCAGGCCCAGCUGUCCUGCAGCAAGGGCGGCAGCGUGGAAAGCUGCGUCCUCUCCUGCCCGGCUCCCACCCACUUUUCGCCAGACUCGGAAAACAGCUACAGCCUGAGCUGCGGUGUCCCCGGUCUCCAGGGCAGGACGCUGCAGAAGCGCAAUGGCACCAGCUCCAGCGCCGGGCCCAGCUGCUCAGGCGCCCCCACCACCCCCAUCAGGCAGAAGGCCCGCUUCAAGAUCCGGGAUGCCAAGUGCCACCUCCGGCCCCGUGGCCGGGAGCCAGCCAAGGAGGCCCUGAGGCAGCUGCUGCUGGAAAACUACCACCUGACCUUCGUGACCCUCAAGUGCGACUCCUCCAAGAAGAGGCGCCGUGGCCAGAAGUCCCCGUCCAAGGAGGUGACCCACAUCACAGCAGAGUUCGAGGUCGAGACAAAGGCCGAAGAGGCCUCAGACACCUGCGAGGCGGACUGCGUGCGCAAGCGAGCGGAGCAGAGCCUGCAGGCCGCCCUCAGGACCCUGCGCAAGGCCGUCGGCCGGCAGCGCUUCUCCGUCCAGGUCGCGGGCACUGAGUACGAGGUGGCGCAGCGGCCGGCCAAGGCCCCGGAGGCCCAGGGGGCGUGCGGCACGGGCCAGGUGCUCCAGGACGGCAAGUGCGUAGCCUGCGAGCCCGGCACCUACUUCCACGGAGACUCCGGCCAGUGUGCGCUGUGCACGCCGGGGACCUACCAGGACAGGGGCGGCCAGCUCAGCUGCACACCGUGCCCCAGCAGCGACGGGCUCGGCCUGGCCGGUGCCCGCAACGUAUCUGAGUGUGGAGGCCAGUGCUCUCCGGGUUCCUUCUCAGCUGAUGGCUUCCAGCCCUGCCAGGCCUGCCCCGUGGGCUCGUACCAGCCAGAGCCCGGGCGCACUGGCUGCUUCCCCUGCGGCGGCGGGCUGCUCACCAAGCUCGAGGGCUCGGCCUCCUUCCAAGACUGUGAGACCAAAGUGCACUGCUCCCCGGGCCACCACUACAACACCACCACGCACCGGUGUGUCCGCUGCCCGGCCGGCACCUACCAGCCCGAGUUCGGCCAGAACCACUGUGUCGCCUGCCCGGGCAACACCAGCACGGACUUCGACGGCUCCACCAAUGUCACCCACUGCAAAAACCAGCACUGCGGCGGCGAGCUCGGCGACUACACGGGCUACAUCGAGUCCCCCAACUACCCCGGCGACUACCCGGCCAACGCGGAGUGCGUGUGGCACAUCUCCCCGCCCCCCAAGCGCAGGAUCCUCGUCGUGGUCCCCGAGGUCUUCCUGCCCGUCGAGGACGAGUGUGGCGACGUGCUGGUCAUGCGCAAGAGUGCCUCGCCCACGUCCGUCACCACCUACGAGACCUGCCAGACCUACGAGAGGCCCAUCGCCUUCACCGCCCGCUCCCGGAAGCUCUGGAUCCAGUUCAAGUCCAACGAAGGCAACAGCGGCAGAGGCUUCCAAGUGCCCUACGUCACCUACGACGAGGACUACCAGCAGUUGAUAGAGGAUAUCGUUCGCGACGGGCGGCUCUACGCCUCGGAGAAUCACCAGGAGAUUUUGAAAGACAAGAAGCUGAUCAAGGCCCUCUUCGACGUGCUGGCGCACCCCCAGAACUACUUCAAGUACACAGCCCAGGAGUCCAAGGAGAUGUUCCCGCGGUCCUUCAUCAAACUGCUGCGCUCCAAAGUGUCGCGGUUCCUGCGGCCUUACAAAUAACGCCGCCGCGGCGCCGGCUCGGGACGCCCGCGUCCCGCGGGGGAGGGGCGAGGAGGGAGCCUGCCCUCCGCAGCAGCAGCUCAGACGCCGCUCCACGGGCCGCACUCCCGUCGCCUUGGGGAGUCACCGCGGAGGCGGCCCUUCAGGAAGGCCCACCCGUCGGCGAGGGCGGAACCCCGCCCAGGCAGAGACCCCAGCCCACCCGCCCACGCCCACGCCCACGCCUCCCACCGCUGCCCCGCAGGAAAACACUUGUUAAGGCCGCCUUUCUCCUUCCCUCUGCCUGCUGGUUUCCAGGCCCCCGCGAGCGCCCUCUCCUGGCAGGACACGGCACCGCCACGAGGGCGGGUCCUGGGGGGCGCGUUGGAGGCCCGCAGGUCCCCGUCCGGUGACAGACCCUCCCCGGAGGCUCUCGGAGGCCUGAGGAGGCCUGGUCAGAGACGGAGACGAGAAGCCAGGCCUCACGGAGGAGGGCGUGCGGGGGCGUCUGGAGGGCUUUGAUAAGCGGGGUGCAGCUGCUGCCGCAGGGGCGUCCACACCCAGGGCCCGGGACGCGGGGCCGGGCUCCAAGGACGCCGAGAGGGCGCAGAGAAGAGCUGCCGGGGAGGAAGUGUAGACUUGUGCUUUCCCUGGAUAGAGGUCUAAUUAAGUAUUAUAUGUAUAAAUAUAAAUAUAUAUAUACUUCUAUCUGUGGGUACUCGAGGGGAAGUCUCUUCAGUAACUGUAAAUGUUGCAACCCCGCCUGGCCCCCGGCAGCCAGGGGGCACCCCAGCUUUUGCCGGCUUCGCCAGCUGAUUAAACGGCCUCCCCAGACGCCGGCCACCCCUGUUUGUGUGCGGCCCGGAGCCCGAGGGCCCGGGGACAAGGCGGGCCGGCUGUGGACACACUUCGGAAGACGGGUCCCUCGGGGACGGGGCUCCAGGGCGCUGCCCUCAGACGGAACGUGGUAGAAGGCAGGUGCCCCCGAACCCCUCUCUGAGGGUGCAGGGACACAGUGGUCGGCUUCAUGAGGGACCUGUGUCUGACCUUAAGGCCAUGACUUUGGGGCCCAGGCUGUGCCCUGGGGGCACCAGAAGCAGGGCCGUUCCCUGCACUGCACGCACAGGCUGUGGGACCCCAGGGGCCUCGCUCGGACUCAAGCAGGCGGGCGGCAGCCCCAGGCCCAGGCGGCCCCGGGGACUGGGGUGCCAGCUCCCAGGCAGGCUGCUCCCCUCUCGGAGCCUGUCUUUGAAAAAGGAAAGUCUGGGACUGGACCGAGUUGCCUGGAGCCCCACUCCGCCAGGAGGCCAGUGCCCGGGGCAGUGCUGCUCCAGCCCCAACGCGCCGAGGCCGGCCUGCCCAGACGAUGGGCCUCCAGGGGCAGGGCGGGCGUGGGACGUGGUCCGUCGUUUAGGGUUCACAGGUAUCCAGAGCUCCAGGGAAAGUGGGAGAAUCCGAAAAUGAACCCCAGCCCUCAGGCCGCUCCCUCCCCCAGCACCCCCGCCCAGAGCCAGCUGAGCAGCUGGCCGUGAGUCCAGUGGGAGAAGCGUCCGUGGCCCCGAGGGCGGUGACGACGGCAGGCCGGCUAGGCAUCCGGGGACUCGGGGCUCAGGGGCGAGGCAGGCCGUGGGGAGUGGAGCGGCCCACUCAGCGGCCUGGGGCUCCGGGGCCACCCACUGCCAUCGCUCGUCUCGGCAAGGUCAAGUCCCCCGCCCGACUGCCACCAGCACCUUGUCCGCCAAACCCAGCUCAGGGGGGGAGGGGCAGCACCUGGGGGGCAGGUGAGGGCCAGCCGAGGAGCCCCACGGGGCCACACCGCCCUUCCCUGGUCACAGUCCUGGAAAGCCAGCCCUGGUUCCCAGGCAGAGUGCUGUCCUCCCGGGCCGAGCCCCUGGGCAUCCCCCAAAUCAGGCUCCCCCAGCAUGAGCCCCUAGCAACAGCUCCAGGGGGGCCCGGGGAGGGUUUUUUCCUUCAAUCGUCCCCCCAAAAACAGAGAGGACCAGAAAGACCCCUCACCCCUCUGUCUCUUUCUGCUGCCCCUGCAGGGCAUGUCUGGCACACGCCCCCCACAUGCCCACCAUCCUGCCAGCCCUGUCGGCGGGAGUCCAGCCGCCCCACCACCCUCGUCAGGCCCUGCCCGCCCAGUGACCCUGGCAGGGCAGGGCAGGGCUGACUCGGGCGUGGGGCCCUCGCCCCUUCAUGAGGACCAGGCAGCCCUCACCCCACACAGUCACCAGCCCGCCCGCCCUCCCCAGUGACGCACCUCCCGCACCAUCGGGGGCGCUCAAACUCUGGCGGCGGGGUCCGGCCUGAAUCUCCAUGUCGCUGUCCCCAGUCCUCGGGGCCCAGCGGUCCUGGGGCCCUCCCUGGGCCACGAGCCCCACUGUUACACGUCUCCACGCUGUGGGAGCCGGUGGCAGCUGGGCUGACACGAGGUGGCCGUCCCCCCGGCUGCAGGGGGAGGUGGAGAGAAUUAAGGAAUGCAGGAAGGGACUGGACCGAGGUGGGGCGGGUCCCGCGAUGAGCCCCGAGAAGGACGGAAGCCGAGGACCGAGGUGCAGACGAGCCCCGCUGCCCAAAGGAGACGCCAGCGUGGAGGGGCUGGGCCAGGAGGGGCACAGCCCACUCCUGACGGUCACUGGUCUUGAGCAGCCGCAGCCCCAGCCCAGCCAGGGUCUGCCCUUCGCCUGGCACGGACUUCGGUGGCUGGCUAGUCCGUGAACUCCAAGGAAAGGAGCUAAGGAACGAGCUUCUGGAAGCCAAAGCCCGCCCACUCGGCCAGGACUGACGGCGGGGGCCACGGCUGGCUCUGCCCCUAGUGCGGAAUCACGUCCGCCAGCAGGAGGCGCUCUGAGCAGGGCCCGCGGGCCACGAGAAGUGACCCCGUCCCCCCUACACCCCCCACGUCGGCCUCGGGCCCUAACUGAACUAAGUUGGGUGAAUUAGCAAACGUUUGCUGAGUACCUACUGCGUGCUAGGCCCCCAGAAAAGGAGGGAGACCAGGGCCGGGCCAACAGGAUCCCCUGGGAAGCCCCCGUGGCCACAGAUGAAGCGGGGGGGCGGGCACGGCCGAGCCCAGCAGUCUCCUCAGGAGAAGACACCCCCGCCCCCCCCUCGCCAGCACCACCCAGGACCCUCAGUGGGGAUGGAGGGUGUGUGCGGACAGGCAGAGCAGAGCUGAGGACACAGGUCUGCAUGUCAAGAAGGACGUCGUGGGAGAAGCUGCAGCCACGCUCCACCUUGGGCGGAGAACGGUGUGCACAGGCCACAGCCGCCAGCCUGGGAGCCCAGCCCCCAGCUCAGGACGCAGUCUCUGCCCCGUGCAGCGCCUGCCACCGGGGCCUGCCCUCCAGAAGGGAGCCCCGCUCUUGCUGCCCGGGAACCCCAGUUCUUUUUGACCUCCCCACUCCGUGCCUGGAAGCGCGUCAGCCUAGUCAACCGCAUCUUCGUGUUCACCAAAAACAGCCAUGGCGGCAGCCCAACCCUCCUGACCAGGGCAACAGCGCAGCGCCCACGCCGUCCAGGCCAAAGGCGGGAGGACGCGACGCUCUGGAGAUGGUGAAUAGCUCCGGCUCUCCCACCGCGGCCUCUGCAGCCCCCCCAGACUGCCAGCCCCUCCAGGAGUAAGCUGAAGUCCUAGGCACCUACUGUGUGCCCGAUGCGGGGCCACACAAGCUAGAGUCAGCCUCACCCGACCUGCCUUACUUGUUGGAGAGGGCGCCAGCAAGGGCGCUCACCCCCGACCCCAGGACCCAGACAACAUGGCCGUGGCCCCAGAUUCCCUCCUGGCACCCCGCACAGCACAGACGGCCCCCCAAGAAUGGGACCCUCUGUUUCCUUGGGGCCUCCCCAGAGCCUAAACACACUCUACGAAAUUCUCUGUAGACCCCAAGUGUCGGCAGGAAGGGCCAGAGGUCCCCCCACACCCUCGCCUGGCUGGCUCUGGGCCGAACGCUUUACCAUGUGCACUCACGAGGCCCCUGUCCCUGCAAGGCAGGUGCACUGGACUGGAGCUUCAGGUGUGGAGUUGGAGACUGCGGGUGACCAAGGGGCCUGCCCGAGGAGAGCAGUAACUCACGGAGCUGAGAACACACACGAAGGCCAGCUGACCCGAAAGGAGGAAACCUCUCUGUCUGAAAUGUUGACACUGAACGCUACAGGCCGGCCCACCCUGGCGGUCGGUCGUGUGGGGGCAGGGAUACACAGGGCAGAGAGGGGACAGAGGGAGGAGGGGUGGGAGUGGGGACUCAGUACCAGUGCCUCCCUUUGAGAAAGAGGGGCCUUUCCCUUCCCCUGGGGGGACGGUCACUUCCAUUCCAACCUGAGCUCAAGGGGCGAGCUGGGCCCUGCGGAGCCCUGGCCCCGCGCCCCCUCCCCGACUUGCCCUCUCACAGGCCCCAGGGCAUGCUCCGUAGAGGGUGCGGGUCCCUCCACCGACAGUGUGGUGAAGAGCAGGCGUCAGGGAAAGCUGGCUGAUGCCAAGUAUUUUGAUGUUCAGUCCAGAGGCCACACAGAGCUCUGGGAGACUUCUGCCUCCGCUGAGGUCAGAACCUAGAGCGGCCUGAGCGGGCUCGGCCCCUACUGGUCUGGUGCAGGGCACCUGCCACCGUGGGGCAGGGGCCGGAGAGUGGAGCCCCAGUGCCUGAGGCCUUGCCCCGGGCUCCUGGGGCGGCUGCCGGCCUGCUGUCCUGGCGCCUUGGCAGUCACUGCCUACAGAGUGACAGGCGCCAAUGUGACCACGUUUUCCUUUUAGUUGCCUUGAAUAUCCAAAGUUUUGUUUUCUCCAUUAUGUUCAUACCUAUGCAUGUGAUUAAACGUGUGUG